UCGACUUUUCAUUUUGGCCACCUUAAAACAUUCAUUGCACGCGGGUUAGCCAAUUAGGUUGUCUGAUAAUACAACAUAUCCCCAAACGCUUUUUGGUCCAAGAAUCCGACGUUACGUUGUCAAGAUUCUUGGACCAUUUUCGCAACCUCAAUUUGUUUGUUUCAACUCAUACGGAAUUCGCAGCUUCAAUUCCACAAUCCACCAUUCUUCAUUCCCAAUUGGCCCCACGGACCUCUAUGUUCACAGACAAUGGGGCUAAGGUUGGGAAAACAGGGGCAAAAGAAAGCUGCACCGGCAUCACAAUUGAGCUACAUCCAUGCCCAACAAGACCUCGUAAAAUUUCUCUUCACGAGUUGUUACAUUCGAAACUUGGUCUCGAAGCAGAGAAGGCGAUUGCUCGUCGGAGGUUAUGAUCUGGACAUGACAUACAUAACCGACAGGCUUCUGGCGAUGUCGUUUCCGGCAGAACACAUGCGAGCAAUGUACCGGAACCCUUUGUGGCAGGUUAAAUCCGUGCUGGAUAUGAGACAUUCAGGACAUUAUAAGGUCUAUAACUUGUGUAUCGAACAAAGUUAUGACCCGACGCAUUUUCAUGGUCGCGUUGAGAGGUAUCCAUUUGAUGAUAACCAUGUCCCACCUCUCCAAAUGGUCAAGGAAUUUUGUGAGGAUGUCCAUUCUUGGUUGUCAAAUGACCCAAAGAACAUUGCUGUCAUACAUUGCAUGGCUGGAAAAGGUCGAACUGGAUUAAUGGUAUGUGCAUACCUAGUUUACACCGGCAUGUCAGCCGAGGAAGCUCUGCAAGUCUAUGCAGAUAAGAGAACUACCAACAACCAUGGAGUUUCAAUACCAAGCCAGCGUCGUUAUGUUGAGUACUGGGAGAAAGUACUUUCCUUCCCAGAUAGGGUUGAUCGUGGCCUUCCAGAUGUGAAUUUGCCCAAACCAUGCGCUAGAGAGCUUCGUCGCAUUCGAUUAUAUGAUACAGUAAAUGUUGAUUCUAUCUUCUUUGUGGUCUCUGAGCUGCAAAAUAUUCCUGGAGAGAGAUAUUGCCCGCCUGUAGAAGUGUCUAAGAGUUGUUGCAGGGGAAAUAAGAAUGAGUUCCAUAGGCCCAAUAGCCCUCGUUAUUAUUACUCGUUUCUGGAAGGCAAUGAAGAAGAAGAUGAAGUAGAAGAAGAAAAAGAACCUCGUUUGGUUAUCCAAAUGGACACAGAAAGCUCCAUGCUCUACCAGAAAACCUGCCUUGACUACUAUUAUGAAACCCCUUUGCAAGUCACUGGAGAUGUCCGUAUAAUAUUCUACGAGAAGCUUAUCGGAGGGCGUCUCUUUUAUGCAUGCUUCAACACAUCAUUUAUAAAGAGCGGCCUGCUACAAUUUUCUCUGAGGGAGCUGGACAAAGUUGGAAAGAAGGGAAAGUCAAUCUGCGGGCCAGCAUUUUGCGUGGAGUUGAUCUUCGGGCCGGCAAACCCAAGCAUCUUGAUGAAGAAGGAUGAUGAUAUAUAAAAACACUACACUACACUACACUACGUGCAUUCUAUUCUAAUUUCUUCAUGGCUUUGAGACCUCCAAGAUUUUUGUAUGUAUAUAUACUACUAAAGAAGUACAGUAUGGCUUUGAGGCCUCCAACUUUUUUGUAUGUAUAUAUACUACUAAAAACUGUAAAUAUGUGAUUAUGAUAAUGAAGCCAGUGCUCCGAUGAUCCUUU